AUGACCGACGGACCCUCCAAGGACGAGCUCGUCGAGAUCUUCAAGUCGCUCAAGGCAACGCAGAAGGGCAACAAGGUUUGCUUCGACUGUGGAGCAAAGAAUCCAACAUGGGCUUCUGCCACCUACGCCAUCUAUAUCUGCCUCGACUGCUCCUCGGUACACCGUAACAUGGGCGUGCACAUCACCUUCGUCCGUUCCACCAACCUCGACUCGUGGCACUGGUCCCAGCUUCGCCUCAUGAAGGUCGGAGGCAAUGCUGCCGCCGCCGAGUUCUUCAACAAGAAGGGCGGCGCUCAUCUUCUCGCCCCCUCCACAGAAGGCAAGGUCAAGUACACCUCAUCCGUUGCAUUGGCGUACAAGGACGAGCUGCAGAAGCGCGCCCUUCAGGAUGCCGCUGGUCAGAGCCUCAACAGCCCCGUCUUUUUCCCCGGUCUCGCCGCUCCCGCCGCUGACAAGCCAGCUGUGGCUGCCAAGACCAACGCUGGCGGUGGAGACAUGGACGACUUUUUCGACGAGUGGGACAAGCCGGCCGGUGCGGCCAAGGCGCCAGCAGCAAAGCCUGCGCCCGCCGUUGCCGCGCCCGUUGUUCGGGCCGCUCCAGCUCUUGCAGCUGCUCCCAAGACUGUAACCUCGGCCUCGCUCCGCGCCAGCAGCUCGGCCGCGCGCACCAAGACCCUCGGUGCCGUCAGCCGCACCUCAUCCGCAAGCUCCACACCGGGCACCACCACACCCACGGGCAACGGCCCCACCUCGACCGCGCCUGCCGCAGCUGCACGACCGGCGCGCGUUGGCAAACUCGGCUUGGGCGCCAAGAAGGCCGGUGCACCCAUCGACUUUGCUGCCGCAGAAAGGAAAGCUAAGGAGGAGGAGGCUGCACGUGCUGCCGAGGCAAAGGCUGCGGAAGAGGCCGAGGCCAAGGCCCGCGAAUCACAGAAAGCCAGCGAGCAGCAGGCGGAGGCGGAACGCAUUGCGCGAGAGGCAGUCAAGGCCGCCGUGGGCAAGGCCGGCACACCCGCCUCGCCCGCUUCCAAAGCAGGAGCAUCCGGUGCGCGUUCCGCUGCCGCCUCGGCUCCGGACGCCUUUGCAGCUGCCAAGGCCAACGGCGACAUGGAUCGACUCGGCAUGGGCUUUGGCCGUCUCGGCAUGAAGGCCAACGCGCACCAGGCCAAGCUGGCGGCAGAGCGUGCGGCGGCUGCGGCCAACAAUGCCACAGCCACCGACUCGGACGCGGGCGGCGACGAGCCGAGCUAUGCGCGCAACAAAUUUUCGAGCCAGAAGAGCAUCUCGUCCGAUCAGUACUUCCAGCGCGGCUCGUACGACCCGCAAGCUACCAGCGAGGCUCAACAACGUCUGCAGGGCUUCCAAGGCCAGACCUCGAUCUCGUCCAACCAGUACUUUGGCCGCGAUGAGGAGGAAGAGGCCGAACAGAUGGCCGCUCAGAGCGGCGACUUUGGUGACAUCGAAGCCACCGCGCGCGAGUACUACCAGCGCUUCAUGGCAAAUCCCGACGUGCAGUCGAGCAUCGACAGCUUCCGCUCCGGCGCGCUCAAGCUCUCCCAGUACCUCGAGGACCUCAGCCGCAACGGCGCCUAG